GAGUACCGUCCUGUUUUCCUGUCCAUCUCUAUGGUGUUGAGUACUGGCAGAAAUGGAGGAGGGCGUGACUGGGCGUGACCUGUACAUAACUGGAGCUCUGCCUUCCUUGUGCCUUUAAUCUGUCGACGCCCCACCAGACACUUCCGAGUAUUUCCAAGUUCACCCCAUCAGAUCAGAGAUGUCGCUGACGUUGCGGGUCCGCAUCGAGGAGAAGAAUGUGGUGAAGGCGAUGCAGUUCGAGCCGCAGACGGCCGUGCUGGACGCCUGCCGCAUGAUCAGAGAGCGACUAGCCGACACCACCAACAUCACCAACCAUAAAGACUACGGCCUCUUCUUCUGGGACGAGGAGACGAAGAAGGGCUUCUGGCUAGAGCCGGGACGAACCCUCGAGUACUACCUUCUCAAAAGCGAGGAUGUGAUCGAGUACCGCAAGAAGCUGCGCCCGCUGCGCGUGCGCAUGCUGGACGGCACCGUCAAGACCAUGCUGGUCGACGACUCGCAGAUCGUCAGCAACCUGAUGGUGACGAUCUGCACCAAGAUCGGCAUCAUCAACCACGAGGAAUACUCGCUGAUCCGCGAGAAGGAGACGGAGGAGCAGGAGAACGUCAAACCCAACUUCGGCACACUGACUCUGCGCCGCAAGAAGGCCUCCGAUGACCGGGCUGUGGAUGCCAAGAUGGAGUCGCUCAAGAAGAAGCUGAAGACCGAUGACGAACUCGGCUGGGUCGACCACAGCAAGACGCUGCGCGAGCAGGGCGUCGACGAGAACGAGACGCUGCUGCUGCGGCGCAAGUUCUUCUUCUCUGACCAGAACAUCGACGGCCGCGACCCGGUGCAGCUGAACCUGCUCUACGUGCAGGCUCGCGACGCUAUCCUGAACGGUACGCACCCGGUGACGGAGCAGAAGGCGUGCCAGUUCGCCGGCAUCCAGUGUCAGAUCCAGUUCGGCGCCUACCAGCCGGACAAGCACAAGACCGGCUUUCUCGAACUUCGGGAGUUCGUGCCGCACUAUUACGUCAAGACGAAGGGUAUUGAGAAGAAAAUCUACAACGAGCACAAGAACUAUUCCGAACUGAACGAGCUGGACGCCAAAGUCCAGUAUGUGAAGGAGGCGCGGGAUCUGCCUACUUAUGGCGUCAGCUUCUUUUUAGUCAAGGAGAAGCUGAAGGGUCGCAACAAGCUGGUGCCCCGGCUGCUGGGCGUCACCAAAGAGGCGGUGCUGCGGCUGGACGAGAAGACUAAGGAGAUCCUGAAGGAGUGGCCGCUGACGACCGUGCGUCGGUGGGCGGCCAGUCCCAACACCUUCACACUCGACUUUGGCGACUACACAGAUCAGUACUACUCGGUGCAGACGACGGAGGGGGAGCAGAUCUCGCAGCUCAUCGCCGGAUACAUCGAUAUCAUCCUGAAGAAGCAGAAGUCCAAAGACUGGCUGGGUGUCGACAAGGACGACGACGCCAUCAUGUUGGAGGAGUCUGUGUCGCCCAACAAGGCCACCAUCAUCCAGCAGGGGAUGACGAAGAUCACUAAGGUAGAAGAGGACUCGCUGUCGAAGCCGGGCGUGCUGCGCACCGGCGACACGGGACCCAACGUCAUCGGCACGGGCCACAUGGGCGGCGCGCAACACGGCACCAUGCGCGGCCAGGUGAACCUGGCGCACGCCCCGCCCAUGGCGCAGCAGCCGCAGAUCACGUCGGUGGGGUCGGAGCCGCAGCGGGCGCUGGUCAACACCAUCGUGGUCGGCCACGAGGCGAUCGACUCGGCGCGCCGCCAGCUCGACACGCGCAUGCAGUUCCCCGAGCUCGGCACGGACCCGACGUCGCUCAAGUGGAAGGAGACCACCAUGGACACCAACAAGCAGAGCGUGUCGUCGCAGCUGGCGGCGAUGAACGCGGCCACAGCCCAGGUGGUGACGCUCACGUCCGGGCCGCAGGAGGAGGUGGACCACACCGCCGUCGGCGCGGCCAUCUCGACCAUCACCACCAACCUGCCGUCGAUGACGCGCGGCGUGCAGACGAUCGCGGCGCUCAUGGACGACAGCAUGUCGGGCGACCGGCUGAUCGGCGCCACUCGGCUGCUCUGCGACGCCUUCAGCGACCUGCUGCACGCCGCCGAGCCCGAGAAACAGGAGCCGCGUCAGAGCCUGCUGAACGCCGCGUCGCGCGUGGGCGAGGCGUCCGGCGGCGUGCUCACCAACAUCGCCGAGGAGACCGAGAUCAACACCGAGGUGCAGGACGUGCUGCUCGGACUGGCCAAGGCCGUGGCCAACUCCACCGCCGCGCUCGUGCUCAAGGCCAAGAACGUGGCGUCCACGUGCGACAACGAGGAGCAGCAGAACCGCGUGAUCGGCGCCGCCACCCAGUGCGCGCUCACCACCUCCCAGCUGGUGGCCAUCGCUAAGGUGGUGGCGCCGACCAUCCAGAACCCGGGCUGCCAGGAUCAGCUGAUCGAGGCGGCCAAGGAGGUGGCGCGCGCCGUGGAGGCGGUGGUGCAGGAGUGCCAGCUGGGCUGCCGGGACGAGGCGCUGAGCCGCGAGCUUGGCUCGGCCGCCACCGACGUCACGCGCGCCCUCAACGACCUGCUCAACCACAUCAAGUACGGCACCAAGCAGAAGGUCAAGGAGACCACGGACGAGACGUGCGUGGAGACGAUCAUCACCGUCACCGACAAGAUGUUCGCGCAGCCGUCCGACACCAAGGAGAUGGUGAACCAGGCGCGCAUCCUGGCGCAGGCCACCGCCCAGCUGAUCCAGAGCAUCAAGGAGGAGGCGUUCGCCACGCAGCAACCGGGCCCUGAUCCGGGUCAGGCCGAGGCGACGCCCAACUCGGACCUGCAGCAGCGGCUGCUGAGCGCCGCCAAACAGCUGGCCGACGCCACCGCCCGCAUGGUGUCGGCGGCCAAGCAGUGCGCCUCCGACCCACGCAACGCCGACCAGCAGCAGCGGCUGCGCGAGGCGGCUGAGGACCUACGCUCGGCCACCAGCCUGGCCGCCUCCGACGUCCUCCGCAAGAAGAUGAUCAAGCGGCUCGAGGACACGGCCAAGCACGCGGCCAGCUCCGCCACGCAGUGCAUCGCCGCCGGCCAGGGCGCCGGCCCGUACAACGCCAACCCGGCAGCCCAGGACGAGAUGAUAUCCGACUGCAAGCAGGUGGCCAACCAGAUCCCGAACCUGGUGCGCAGCAUCCGCGGCACGCUGUCCGAGCCGGACUCGUCGCGCGCCCAGCUCGAUCUGCUGCAGGCGUGCCAGUCGUUCGUGCAGCCGAGCACCAAGAUGGUGGACAGCGUGCGCCAGGCGCUGCCGACCGUCCAGGACGAGUCGUCGGCGCUGCAGCUGAGCAACACCAGCAAGCAGUUCAGCGCCGCGCUGGCCGACUUGCAGGCGUCGAUGGCGCGCGCCCAGGAGGCGUGCGGCUCGCUGGAGGUGGACGCCGCGCUCGACAUGAUCCGAGGCCUCGACGACGAGCUGGAGCAGUUCCGGCACGCGGCCGACUCGCUCCAGCUGAAGCCGCUGCCCGGCGAGACGGUACGACGUCUGAGUCGGCCCGCGCACAGUCUCAGCGCCUGCAAGAAGACCGUGGGCUCGACCAUGACUCAGCUGCUGACGGCGGCCAGCGAGGGCAACGAGGACUACGCCGGCCGCGCCGCUCGCGAGACGGCCAAUGCGCUGCGCGACUUCACGGGCGCCGUGCGCGGUGUGGCGGCCACCACCGACGACCGCACGGCCCAGCACAAGGUCAUCGACGCCGGCCACGACGUGAUGGGCUCGUCCAUCAUGCUCAUCGAGGAGGUCAAGAUCAUCGUCACCAACCCGCGCUCGGCCGACAGCCAGCGCAAGCUGCAGACGGUGGCCAAGGGCGUCAGCCAGGCGCUCAACAACACCGUCAACUGCCUGCCGGGCCAGCGCGACGUGGACGUGGUGCUGCACGAGAUCACGGAAACCACCGGCCGCCUGACGCGCCACCAGUUCCCGCCCGCCACCAAGCCGUACGGCGAGCUGCAGGGUGACCUGAGCCGCGCCGCCUCCCGUCUGAACGACGUGACCGGCGAGGUGGUACACGGCGCCAAGACGUCGCCCCGCCACCUGGCCGGCAGCACGCAACAGUUCGGCACCGCGUACGGCGACGUGCUGGAGGCCGGCAUGGGCAUGGCCGGUCAGACGCAGGACGAGCGUAACCGUGUCGAGAUCGUCGAGUCGCUCAAGUCCGUCUCGUCGGUCUCCUCCAAACUGCUGAACGCCGCCAAAACUGUCUCGGCCGACCCGAACGCGCCCAACGCCAAGAACAACCUGACGUCGGCCGCCAGACAGGUGACGGACGCGAUCAACAGUCUGGUGAACGUGUGCACGUCGGCGGCGCCGGGCCAGCGCGAGUGCGACAACGCCAUCCGUCAGAUACAGAGCAUGCGGCCGCUGCUGACCAACCCCACCGAGCCGGUCAGCGACAGCUCCUACUUCGAGUGCCUCGAGACCGUCAUGGACAAGUCGCGCAGUCUGGGCGACGGCAUGACCGGCAUCGCCAACCACACGCGGCAGCCGGAGCCGGAGCGGUUCGCGCAGUCGGUGGGCUCCGUCUCCGAUUCGAUCUGCGGUCUGAUCGAGUCGGCCGCGCAGGCCAGCUACCUGAUCGGCGUCUCGGACCCGACCUCGGUGGCCGGCCGGCCGGGCCUGGUCGACCAGAGCCAGUUCGGCCGCGCCCGCGACGCCAUCCAGCAGGCGUGCCAGGCGCUCACGGACCGCACCAGCAGCCAGCAGCAGGUGCUCUCGGCCGCCACGCAGAUCGCCAAGCACACGUCGGCGCUGUGCACCAGCUGCCGCGUCGCCAGCGGCAAGUCCACCAACCCGGUGGCCAAGCGGCACUUCGUGCAGGCCGCCAAGGACGUGGCCAAUGCCACGGCGGCGCUCGUCAAGGAGAUCAAGGCGCUGGACCAGGACUACAGCGACGCCAACCGCCAGCGGUGCGCGCAGGCCACGCGCCCGCUCAUCGAGGCCGUCGACAACCUGUGCAGCUUCGCCAACUCGCCCGAGUUCGCGUCCGUGCCGGCCAAGAUCUCGACCAAGGCGCAGCAGGCGCAGCAGCCGAUCGGCGACGCCGGCAAGCGCAUCAUCGACGGCUCGUGCUCGCUCAUCACGGCCGCCAAGUCGCUGGCGGUCAACAGCCGCGACCCGGGCCGCUGGCAGUCGCUGGCCACGCACAGCAAGGACGUGUCCGACUCGAUCAAGGCGCUCGUCUCGUCCAUCCGCGACAAGGCGCCCGGCCAGAAGGAGUGCGAGGACAGCAUCGAGAAGCUGUCGGCGAGCAUCCGCGAGCUGGACCAGGCCAGCAUGGCCGUGGCCAGCCAGAGCCUGGCGCCGCGCCGCGACAACACGCUGCAGGGCUUCAGCGACCGCGCCGAGAACGCCGCCAGCCAGAUCCUGAACACGGUGGACAAGGUGCGCAUGGCGGCCAAGGGCGAGGCGGAGCGGCUGGGCCACGGCGUGACCGCGCUCACCUCGUUCUUCGACCCGCUCGUCUCGUCCGUGGUCGGCACCAGCUCGCACAUGAUCAACACCAAGCAGCAGAUGAUGCUGCUCGAGCAGUCCAAGACGCUGACCGAGUCGGCGCUCCAGCUGCUGUACGCUGCCAAGGAGGGCGGCGGCAACCCCAAGGCCACGCACAUCCACUCGGACAUUGACGAGUCGGCCGACACCAUGAAGGAGGCGGCGCAGGACCUGCUCUCCAGCAUCGAGCACCAGGCGGCCAACGCCGGCUUCGUCAGCGGCGUCAUCGAGACCAUCAACAAGUCGAUGGUGCAGCAGGACUACACGGACAGCAGGGCCUACGGCGACCUGAGCUUCGUCGACUACCAGACGCGCAUGGUGAGGACGGUGCGCGAGAUCAGCAAGACAUCGCAGGAGAUGUCGCAGAAGUCGGCGACCGAGCCGGGCCAGCUGGGCCAGCUAGCGGCCGACAUCAGCCACCACUACAGCCAGCUGGCCGCCGACAGCCGCGGCGCCGUGAUGGUGGCCAACAACUCGGACAUCAGCAACCGUCUGCACUCGUCGGUGCAGGACCUGGGCCAGGCGUGCGUCGGCAUCGUGAAGUCGGGCGGCAGCUGCCAGGCCGCGCCCGGCGACCAGGCGGCGCAGCGCGACGUCGUCGAGUCCAACAAGCUGGUCCAGGACAAGGUGGCGCAGGUGCUGUCGGCCCUGCAGGCGGGCUCGCGCGGCACGCAGGCCUGCAUCAACGCCGCCUCCACCGUGUCCGGCAUCAUCGGCGACCUGGACACCACCAUCAUGUUCGCCACGGCCGGCACGCUGCCCGCCGAGAACGAGGAGGACACGUUCUCCGACCAUCGCGAGACCAUCCUGAAGACGGCCAAGGCGCUGGUGGAGGACACCAAGACGCUGGUGGCGGGCGCGGCCAGCACACAGGAGCAGCUGGCGUCGGCCGCGCAGAACGCUGUCGCCACCAUCCUGCAGCUGGCCGACGUGGUGAAGCUGGGUGCCGCCAGCCUCGGCUCCGACAACACAGACGCCCAGGUGAUGCUGAUGAACGCCGUGAGAGACGUGGCCUCGGCACUCGGUGAUUUGAUCCACGCCACCAAGUCGGCCGCCGGCAAGCCCUCCACCGACCCGGCCAUGCUCAACCUCAAGGACUCCGCCAAGGUGAUGGUCACCAACGUGACCUCCCUGCUGAAGACGGUCAAGGUGGUGGAGGACGAGCACAACCGCGGCACGCGCGCGCUCGAGGCCACCGUCGAGGCACUGGCGCAGGAGCUGCGCGCCUUUGACUCGGCCGAGCCGCCCAAGAACAAGGUGUCGCCCGAGGAGCUGAUCCGCGCCACCAAGCCCGUCACGCAGGCGACGGCGCGCGCCGUGGCCGCCGGCAACAGCUGCCGCCAGGAUGACGUCAUCGCCGCCGCCAACACCGGCCGCAAGGCUAUCGCCGACAUGCUGACCGCCUGCAAGGGAGCGGCGUACGCCGCCGAGUCGGCCGAGCUGAAGACCUGCACGCUGGAGGCGGGCCACAGCAUCGCGGCCGAGUACCGCCGCCUGCUGCAGUGGGUGCUGACGAUCCUCAACAAGCCGACGGCCGAGGCCAAGCAGCAGCUGCCGGCCGUCAGCCGCCAGAUCGCCCAGUGCGUCACCGAGCUCGUGGCCGCCGCCGAGCAGCUCAAAGGCGGCGACUGGGUCGACCCGGACGACCCGUGCGCCAUCGCCGAGACGGAGCUGCUCGGCGCCGCGUCCUCCAUCGACGCCGCCGCCAAGAAGCUGGCCAGCCUGCGGCCGCGCCGGCCCGUCAAGGAGGCCGACCAGGACCUGAACUUCGACGAGCUGAUCCUGGACUCGUGCCAGGCGAUCGCCGCCGCCACCUCGGCGCUGGUGAAGGCCGCCUCGUCGGCGCAGCGCGAGCUGGUGGACCGGGGACUGGUGAGCCAGCGCGCCCACUACACCAGCGAGGACGGCCAGUGGUCGGAGGGCCUGAUCUCGGCGGCGCGCACCGUCGCCGUGGCCACGCACAGCCUCUGCCAGGCGGCCAACUCGCUGGUGCAGGGCCACUCGUCCGAGGAGAUGCUCAUCUCGGCCGCCAAACAGGUGGCCGGCUCCACGGCCCAGCUGCUGGUGGCCUGCAAGGUAAAGGCCGACCCGGACUCGGCGGCCACGCGCCGCCUCCAGGAGGCCGGCAACCGCGUCAAGAAGGCCACCGACAACCUGGUGCGCGCCGCGCAGCAGGCCAUCGAGCAGGACGAGGAGCGCAGCCUGAUCCUCAACAAGCGGCUGGUGGGCGGCCUGGCGCAGGAGCUGGACGCCCAGAGUGACGUGCUGAGGAAGGAGCGCGAGCUCGAGGACGCCCGCCUGAAGCUGGCCGCCCUGCGUCGCGCCAAGUACGGCGAGGGCGGCGACAGCGAGGGCGAGGGCUACCUCAGCGGCUACGACAGCUCCACCAGGUACGACUCGUCGCGCCACGAGACGUCCCGCCAGGAGGCGAACGGCGCGCGCAACGUCAGCUACACCACGUCGUCGGCGCACUCGACGCCGCAGUCGACGCCCGGCAACACGCUCAGCAAGAAGUCGUACAGCGUGACCCGCGAGUUCGCCCCGGCGGCGGACCGUGGCGCCGACAUGGACAGCUCCAUCACCGAGGGACCCAGCUUCUCGGAGUCCCUCAAGCACUUCAAGAGCUUCGCUGGGACCCAGCACCCCCGGCCGCCCACAGUCGAGCAAGCAGCACCACAGCGCCGUCCUGUGACGCGCGGCGGCGACCCGCUCGGCUCGCUGGCCUCGGCCGAGCAAAUGCUGUCGCAGAGCUCUCAGCGCGUCGAGAAGACUAUCACCAUGAGCAACACGAGCCGCUCCUACCGGACCGGCCACACCUAGAGUCGCCGCGGCCGCCGAAGACGCCGACGCCGACCGGCGCCGGCGCGCUUCGGCCGCGCUGCUUCUCGUCCGUAUGCCAUUUAACU